ACUCCCUCCCUCCUCCCCUACAUGCCCCAUGGCAGAGAGUCAGGACUUCGGAUUCCGAACCGAGGACCCGCGCGCUGAGUCACCCUGCUUUGUUUCUCACAAGCAAGCUUGCUUCCAUAAAGAAAACUCCACGAGCCAGAGCGUGUGUGCCAAAUACAGGCGCGGCUGUUUUCAACAUCCAACCAAGUCAAGAUCGAGCAACGUCUUGGCAAUUCCAGUAGCAGUCUGAUGGCUGCGAAGUCGUUUCUCGUGAUGAACGAGUCGCAGCAGCCUACUAAUCCCGCGUCUGUCGUCGCCGCGAACCAUAAUCUUGGCGGAUCUCUUUCGACCUUGCAGCACCACGCGUUGACUUCCGCCCUUAUCCAGCACAUGCAACAACAGCAGCAGCAGCAGCAGCAGCAGCAGCAGCAGCAGCAGCAGCAGCAGCAGCAGCAGCUUCUCAGACAGCUUCAGCUACAGCAGCAACUCCAGCUGGCAUCACAGCCUCCGCAGUUUGCGCGUCUUGAAGAUCCGCAGCCUGUCGGCGCCUCGCUGCAGCUCUUCCCUUCCGCGCCACCGGCUGCUCCGGGGAACGACGCGGAACUCCCCCGCGGUACUACCGGGGGUGCGCGGGCCGCGGAGCCCGACCUGCGCCUCAGCGUGGGUUUGUCGCUCGGCGGCGGAGCGGCGGGCAACGAUGGCGUGAUUAAGCCAGCGAAGCGGAAAAGAGCAGAUGAGUUCCCACGGCGCACGCGAUCCCCCGAAAGCUCCGCGGAGAACAGCAAUCUGGACACCGCGGCCCCUCCGCCGCCCUCCGCCGCUGCGCUCCCCCUCUUCGCCUUCCCGCCUGGCGGGGGCGCUGCUCGCGCCGCUUCCCCACACUGGACGACGGCACUCCCUCACGUCACUACCGCGCGCGCAGCCGCGCCCCACGCUGGCGCCUUUCCCCAUCGUUCCCCCCGCCUCGCCGCUGGCGCAGCGCUGCCCACCACCCCGUCCCCUGACGAGGAGCCUAUCGGCGGAUGGAUGGGCGGGGGGGAUCGCGGCGUCCCCAUCGGCGCGGGUUCCCCCGUGGGGGGACGCGCUGGCGGGCUGAGCGGGACGGGGAGCGCGGGUGGAUCGGGGGGGGAACAGGUGGAAGGCUUGGACGCGCAGGAAGCGGGGGGGAAGUCGUCUCGGCCCCGAACGGUGGCAGAGAGGAAGCGACGAAACGGAAUCAGCCUGAAACUAGACCAGCUGAAAAGGGCUAUACCCCAGUGCAACACACGGGUCACAACAGAGGCCCUGUUAUGCGAGACAUUGACUUACAUCCAAGCGCUCAAGGCUAAGGUUGACUUACUUCAGGCAGAAAAGGCCAAGCUGCUUUCGCAAGCAUUGGGAAGACAUGUGCAAGGCCAUUAGGGUACGCUAGCGGUUGUUCUUGGGCAUAGCUGUAAGCUCUGCUGGUUACAUGUAUUGUAAGCUGAAUCAUCAUGCAUUGGAUUUUAUGGUGUUACCUAUACAUACUAU